CGCUCUCUGUCAUACUCUUGCACGGGGCCCAGCAUGCCGCUGUACUCGAUCAUGACGUUCAAGCACAUGGGCUUCAAGGUGGAGCCAUACAUCAUUACACAGAACCAUAACGUGUCUUCGUUCUCGUUCUGGACGCGUGGGACGGUCAAGGAGUUCCUGCGGUUCGGGUCGCGGACGGUGGUCUCGCGGACGCAGGCUGGCAAUCGGCAGAGUGUGCUGCAGGAGAACGAAGCUGCGUUCGAAAACUCGGUCGUAGUCCACGCCCGAGUUCGCCCGGAUGGUCUGGCCGCGGCGGUCAUCACAGAUGUCAACUAUCCCGGGCGGGUCGCCUUCAAUCUGAUCGAGAAGGCUCUGAGCGAGGUGGAGGAGGCCCUGCCCGAGUGGGAGGACGUGGCCACCGACCAGGCGCUGGAGAUCCCCGCCCUGGCUGACCAGCUCGCCCUCUUCGACAAUCCGGCCGACGCCGAUGACAUCACACGCAUCCAGUCGGAUCUGGACGAGACACAAGAGAACAUGCUCGUCGCCAUCGACAAGCUGCUCGAGCGCGGCGAGCGCAUCGAGGAGCUUGUCCAGCGCUCAUCCGAUCUGUCCGCGACGUCGCGGACAUUUGCCAAACAGAGCAAAAAGCUCAACAAGUGCUCGUGCACCAUUCUGUAGCCGCGCAAGUGAGCGUCGCUGGGCUACGAUGAGUAAAGGAGCUGCGCAGCUG